AUGGUGAAGAAGAAGAACCCCAUCGCAGCCGCCAGUUCUGUGAGCAGCAGUGCUGCCGCCAAGGCUCCUUCAAAUCCUCCAAAGAGAAGCACUCCUGACGCUCCUCCUCUAGCUCCGGUGCCGCCAGCGCCGUCAAGCUCCCUGGCUGGGACCAACCAUGGAGAUUGGCUGGCGUCCUCUGUCACGAAGCGUGAUGAAAAGAGGUCUCGAAGCCUUGGUCUAAUCUCCUCCGAUGAGGGGAAUGCAAUUCUCCCAGGUGCAAUUUCUCAGCCUAAUCCUCCCGCUGGUUUUACCAGACCAUCCAGCGGCUUUGCCGAUGAAGACGAUCUCUUCGACCUUGACGAAGGUUUCAUCGAGCCUCCGUCUAAGAAGGCCAAAUCUGGCGCCGCCCCGCCGAAUCCUGCAGCUUCCAAGGCUUCGGCUCCUACUGCAGUCCCCGCGGCCCAGGUAUCGACUGCUUCCUACCUUUCCAAGGGGAAAGAUAUUCCUUCGACUGCUGCCGCUGCAACUCCUCCUUCAGGGAAACCUGUAAAUCUUUUUCGGUCGCAGUGCAAGUUUUCCUGA